GCAGUGACCGAGAUGAACGGCAAGAUGAUGUGUACGAAACCACUUUAUGUGGCGUUGGCGCAACGAAAGGAGGAUCGUAAAGCGCAGUUGGCCUCACAGUACAUGCAGAGACUGGCUUCGAUUCGUAUGCACAAUGCCGGUGCCAUGCCCGGCACCAUGUACACCCCGGGUAACGGCGGCUUCUUCGUCUCGUCAGCACUGCCCAAUCAACGCGCCGCUGCGUUCAUGCCUCAAGCCACUAUCCCGGGUGCGCAAAUGCGUACAGCUUCGGCACCACGUUGGAAUACGAUUGGCGCUGCAGCGGCAGGCUUCGGUGCAGUACAAUCACCGUACAUGAUUCAGAGUGCUGCGGGCGGUGGCUACACCCAAGCGGGUCGUGGACAGCGCACUUCGGCCGGAAACGCUGCAAUCGCAGCACAAGCGGCGGCUCUUCGAGCUCAAGGUCAAUAUCAAACUGGUGGACAAGCGGGUGGUGCCGCAGGACGUGGAGGACCACAGGCACAGAGAAUGGCGGGUGCUGGUGGGGUGCAAGGACAGAGAGCACAACAGCUGGUUAGUCUCUUUGCUUGA